AUGUCCACAAAUAUUGAGUCCAACUCUUUGUCCAAACGAAGACAUAUUAUUGGCAUUGAAUCCAAAGUCAUCGGAAAGAAGAAUACUUUAAUCAGACUUUUAGAAAAUGGAGGCACUGUUGAGGAAGAGGUCAUUGAUAACAACAACUGUUGUAUUAGUGAUGAAGAUUUGCUACGUUUGGGUGAUAUUGGACUUCAGAUUCAUAAACAUUACGGAAACGCAAGAGAUAUAGAAUGGGGUCUAAAAGGGGGCCAAAUAUUUAUGCUUCAGUCGAGACCCGUAACUAAUUUAGACAAUUCUUACACCGAUUACGAGAUUAUGCAUGAAUUGGAUACGGCACAUCCUACCGAGUUUGAAAUUUACUCUCGAUCCCAUUGGGGUGAGAACUUUCCCGGAGCCUCGUCUUGGAUCUGUUUGCAGUGGUUUUGGGCCAAUAAAAACGAUUUUAUUCGUCAGGGAAUUGCUUUUGGAAUGAAUAUUGAAGAGGAUUACAAUCCCUUUAUGGAAAAAAUGGCCAUUCAGUACAAUCAAGUGAUGUGGAAUAUGAGCGGUGGUGUUUUUGCUGACUUUUUUGCAGAUUACCCGGAGUCAAAACAGACUCAAGCGGUUGUAUUAGCCAUGUUUGGCCAUCACAUCGACGACAAGGAUGUCCUCCAGAUGUUCAAACAGAAGAGAUUGGACAGAAAAAAUCCAACAUUUCGGGGGAAAAUCAAUAGAUUAUACGAUUUAAUACAUUCCCUACUCUUUGGACCGAAAAACUUGAUUAAAACAAAAGAGGAGACAAUUGAGAAGAAUCGGUACGAUUUGGUCGACAUUUUGAAACAAAAAUCUAACAGUAAAGACAUAUUCAAUACAAUUUUGGACAAUCGGUUUUUUAUAUAUAACACUGCUUUGAAAAAUCACGGCCCGUGCUCUAUGGGCUCUUCAAUGAAAGGUGGCAUUUUGAAAGCUGUUCUCGCGAGCGGUUCCGAUAAUAGCGAUAAUAUAGAAUCGGAUUAUAAUCUAAUGAUAUCUUCGGCAACAAAUGUGAUCAGCGCUGAAGUGCCCAAUAUUUUACGUGAAAUCGCAAAGUCUAUUAAAGACAAGCAAUGGUUCCGACAAUUGAGUGAUGAGGAGGCGCUUCAAGUGUUGACCACUGGAAGCGAUGAGUCCUCACAAAAGUUUAGAUACUUUAUUGAAAGACACGGACACAGAGGGUAUCGGGAAUUGGAUCCCAUGUAUAAGCCAUGGAAAGGCAAUCCAUUGCCUUGUUUUUGGUAUUUGGCUCAACAAAUGACUAAUGAAGGACUCAUACCAUCGGUGGACACAUUUUUCUAUUUGACUAUCACUGAAGUGGAAGCGCUAUGUAAUGGACAAAGAGAUCCAUUGAUAUUCUCGAGAGUAAGACAACGGCGAAGACUUUACCCUCGAAUGGAUAAAUACAAGUUCGAGGAGUUUAUUAAAGGACCCGAAAUGAAACCCAGAAAUUUUGAGGACCGGAUUAUACUACCAGUCCUGACCUCAGGUAUGGUUCAAAUGACGGGAACACCAGUUAGUAAUGGAUCCGUAAAAGCGAGAGUUUGUGUGUCUGAAGACAUUACAGAAGCCGAUAAUAUUCAGCCGGGAGAUAUUCUGAUCACGUACUCGACGGACAUCGGUUGGAGUCCAUACUUCCCAUUACUUUCGGGUAUAAUCACAGAAAUCGGUGGAACGAUAUCUCACGGGGCAGUCAUUGCCCGCGAAUACGGGAUCCCGAGUCUGAUAGCAGUGGAGGGCGCGUGUCGUGCCUUCAGGACCGGCGAUAUCUGUCUAUUGGACACUAAGACACAGACCAUCACUAAAGUCGAGUAAAUUGAUUAUAACAUU